AGUAACAGCUAUUCACAGCCUGCCUUGUUUUAACCACUCUUCUUCCCUGUCCUUGCCAAGGAUACGUUCAUGGCUGAAAGCAAGGAAGAGACAGACAAAAAGGGUGGAUACACGUACUGGAAGCGCGACAUAGAUGAUGCCCACCUUUUGCCCGACACCCGUCCACAAAAAAUCGAUGGUGCCACUCAGCAGGAUGUAAAGGAUGUAAAGGACUCCGUGGGCUCCAGUUGGAAUUCUGCUGGAACUUGGGAGGAGAAGGACAUGAGCGUGCCAGCAAGGGCUGAGCUCGAGAAGAUCUUGACGGACGAGAGCUUUGCUUUGCUUGAUGAAGGCGGAAACAAGGUGCAGGGAUUCAAUGCCACUGUGACCGGGGACUCGCAAGCUUACCACAUCCGUGGGAGGUCCCGUCUUGGUUACGAGUUCAAGGUGAAGCUGUCUUGGAAGGGUUCAUUUGGCGGUAAAGAGGUCUCGGGCGAGCUCGACAUCCAGGACUUGGACUCGAGCGACUUGGAUGGCUUUGACGUCAGGCCAAAGCCAAAAAAUGCUGAUUCUAAAAGCGCAGCAGAAGCACUGAAGAAGGGUGCCAGGCCAGCUGUGAAGAAAGCAGCAGAGAUGCUGAGCCAGCGACUGCUAGCUAGGUCUGGCUAGGUCAUCCUCAGUUCGAUGCUGAUUUGUUGCGGAACUCAGCCAACCAUCGAGUGAGACGAUCCGCAUAAGCCUAGGACACCCGUACCCAGACUGCCAAAACGGCACUGCAGCGUCAAAGAAUUUGCGCAUUGCCAAAGACCAACCAAGCCAGACGACAAGAAC